AUGGACUCUACAGCUAGCGUGGGACGUGGCCCUUACCAGCACAGUCAACGAAGGAGUUGGGCGUUUGAAGAAGAACGUGCAUUAAUCCAAGGAUUGAAGGAUCUCGUUGCACGUGGGAUGAAAGCAGACAAUGGGUUCUGUUCGGGAUACACAUUGAUUUUAGAACAAUACAUGCAGCAACAGUUCCCGGGGACUACCAUUAGAGCUGAACCUCACAUCUCGUCCAAGGUUAUGGUAGAUAUAUUUGGAAAGGACCGCGCAACAGGUGAAGGUGCAGAAGGGUUCGCUGACGCGUUGCAAGAAGUACUAUGUAACACGGGUGAGGAUGCCCCCGCACAAAAUGUGAGGCGUGGCGGGGUUGGUGGUGACUUUGAAUCCAAUGAGAAUGAUACUGAGUCAUCUGCACAGGGUGUUGAGAGUAGUGCAUCCGGGAAGGGUAGACGGGUAGGCAAACGUAAACAUGUAAAGGAUAUGGAGGUUGAAGUGGUCGGCCUACUCUUUACUUUAUGCGAGAAAGCUGAUCAACGUUGGGGUCAAAUGGUGGAACGUAUUGGGGUCCAACACGACGCGAAGGAGCAACGAAAGGUUUUGUACGAGGCGUUAAAGAAUAUUCCUAUGUUGACGACGGAACAAAAAUUUAUCGUAACAAAGUACUUUUGUAGGAACCAAGAAGAAAUGUAUAUAUUUUUUAGCGUGGACGAAGAGGAGAAAGCUUCAAUGGUAAAGAUGAUACUCGAAAAUAAAUUGUAG